GCCCCUCUGCAGCGCCCCCCGCGUGCCGCGUUCAGCAGUGCCGGGUGCUGCCGAGCCCCGGUGGCCGGCGACGCGCUAAGAAAAAGGACCGCAAAUCUGAGUAAUAGAAUCCAGCCUAAUGACAGCAGCUCAGACGCAGAGACCCCGGGAGGCGUUCCCUGAGAAACAUUCAGCGGUUCAAUCGUUUUGCAGCGUCAGCUUCCAGUCACCGAUGAGCUCUUCUUCAGUGUGACACACCCCGCCUCCAGCAUGCGUUCUUAGACUGAAAUUCCUUCUGAACAAAGCGUGUAUUUUCCAUUCAACGUCCAUUUCCUAACGGGGGAAGGGCACGGACGGAAAAGCCGCUCUGUGACGCACAGGUGACGCUCGGCCCUUUUCGCCGCUCGGUCUCACGGCUCUCUGCUCGCACGCACUGUGCGCAGCUGUACGCAGUCGGCGCAGUGUGCGCAGUGAACGCCGUGUGCGCAGUAAGCGCAGGGUGCAGAUGGGUAAAUGCAUAUCCGCUACCAAUGUACAGAAGACAUGAAUUCCAGAAAAUUACUCUCAGAAACACGGAGAACAUUUCCACCUACUAAAGCACGCUGCCAGCAGCCAUCGCGGAUUCUCAUUGUGGAUGUCACAUCACCUUCCUGGGCCAACACUUGCUCUGUACUUUCUGAAGCUCUGGAAAACUCUCUGUGUUUGGCAUGCAGUCUGACAGGUCCCUCCCGCAUUCCCUUGCUGAGCCUCUACCUGGUACAGAACCAGCAGGAGUGUUUGCUUCCCUUUGUGCACUUGAAGGAGAACUUUGCACGAGUUCAAGCCUGUAUUUCAGAGCUCCGCUCACUAUCAAGAGAGGGCUGCUUCCCACAGGGGGGAAAUGGAGUGGUACAGGCUGUGCAGGAUGGAUUGCAGCAGUUCAAACAAUACAGCAGACACACAGCAGCAGGAGGCUCAGCAAAUAGCUCUGUUGAGAUCACAAUUUUGACGAGCCAAUCAGGUAAAGAAAUUGUUAAGCAGUUGGAAAGGAAGUUAAAAGAUGUAGACCUUGUGAGUCUGAGAAGAAUACAAGUCAUUGAGGUUUUGAAGAGAGACUUUUUGGAGCCUGAGGAUGUGGAGCAGUGCAUACCAGCAGAAGAACCUAGCAGCAGUGAUAUUGCAAUCCUUGGAAUGGACAUUGAUCUGCAAACCAUAGAGGAUAAUGUCAUCAGCUUGGAGAUGCUGUUUAAAACAUGGCUUCAUGAUUGUGGCUCGGAGAGGGAACAUCUGCAUCUCCUUCUUCCAUCUGGAGGCCUCAGCUGUGGCACGGCACCCAAGCCAACCCUAAUGUGUCUGAAGUGUGAUUUGCAAGAAAGACUGCUUGACCCAAACCUGCUUUCUGGGACAACUGAUGGCACCCUGAGAACAGCUGAUUUGAAUUCACCCUGCCAGAUGACAGCCUGGCCAGCUACAAUGCUGUAUAAACUCCAGGUUGUAAAAGCUCUGAAGUCUGAAGGGGUCUGUGAAUCUGUACUGUAUGGUCUGCCUUUCAUCAUCAAGCCCACAAGCUGCUGGCAGCUAGACUGGGAUGAACUGGAGCUAAACCAGCACAGCUUCCAUGCUCUAUGUCACAGUCUUUUGAAAAGGAAGUGGAUGCUUUUGGCCAAACAUGAGCCACAGAACACUUGUCCAAGCUGGAACGUUGUGGUGCAUUCCUACUACAUCAUUGUCCCUUCUGACUCUGCCACUCUGCUUGUCAAACCAGUAGCUGUCAGAGAGCUCUUGAUGCCAUCAGACUUCCCAGCCCUCCUUGCUGAACAUCCUGAGAGAGUACAGAGCCCUAUAGAGAGUGCCCUGAAUAGCUUAGAAGUGGAAGUUACUUAUAAUCCCUUAUACCUGAAAAGCAACCUCUAUAAAUACCUGAAAAGUAUGUUGUACAGACCACUGCACAGGCAGCAGCCCCAGCCCAGGGACCAGCGAGCAGAGCGGCAUCAGCCAAAGCAGGUACGACCCUCGUCUUUGACCAACAUAGAUAGACACUAUCUUGUCCUCCUGAUCUGCUUCCUGCAGAAGGGAAGAGGGCAGUUCCCUGAUACCCUGAUGGGACAGGGGGGCCAGCAUAUGACAGGGGCAGCAUUCACUUACAGCUGUAGAAGCAGAGAGGUGAGUAUAGCUUGCGCUGUUGAGGAGAUUGGCGCUGAACAUCUGACCCAUGCAAACACAAUGAGGCAGCAUGCAGUGAAGCGUUGGACAAGCUAAUCCCUCCUUCCACAAAGUACAUUAAUAUUUCAUCCCUGCAUUGCAGCAUCAGAGCAGAGCCAAAGCCACAGUGGCACCCCUUCUGAUGGCUCCUUCUCCUGCCCAACUGUUCAGACCAGCAGGGGUGAGGAGAGACUCCUGCGCACACUCCUUCCUCCCCACAGAGGAUGACAAGAUCCUGCAUUGAAGACACCCCAUGGCACCUGCUCUCAUGCAUUUAAUGGCUUGGCUUCUGAGCCAGAAGCAGACAGGCAAGACACUGAGCCUAGCUGAGGUCAGAUGGGUGCUUCCCGUUGUUUGUUGCUCCUUGUUUCAUGGUUUUGUUUGUCACUAAAUCAGUUGGCAGGAAGCUUGCUUCGCUAGAGUUUCUUGGCCUCUUGCUGUUCAGCUGUCCCCUACAACACCUGAUAUUUCAGCACACAUCACCAACAUGCCUCAAAUUACAUUCUUUAGAACAGACUAGUGCAGCCCACAAACCACAGAUUGCUGUCAGUGAGUGCAGAAAAACUGCAAGGUAGUGUGGUGGGGAAGUUGGGCUAUACAGCAACGUCAAGCCACCCUCAUCCUGCGGAAGGUUUAACAGAGUGUUCUGAAUAAGCAUAAAACAGGGCUUUUGGAGAACGCUGUCCCCCAGAGCAGCAUUAUCCAUUACAAUACUGAUUUGUCAACUUCCAUAGUGGUCUCCCUGUCCAACUCCCAAGCUCAUGGAUGCAUUUGCAGCAAGUGCCAGGCUAGCAGCAGUGUCCUGGCUGACUUCUGCACAAUGCAGUAACCCGCUGCAGCUGGAUCUCAGCACAGCCUGCCCCUGCCAGACUGGGAGCUAAGGACAGUGCAACUUAACCAAUGUGGGGCAGAUCACUGGGCUUCCCGGAAACUGCGCACAAACAGGGAUUUGUGUUCCACAUAGUUUGUUCUAACAUUCUGUUUCAAAAUAAAGUCCUCUUGCUAAAUGUUA